CAGUUCAAGAUUUUCAAGGUGUUUCUUGUUUAAGCUUUGCCUGCGUGUAUUCGGCAGAGCUCAGUGUUAAGCCGACAGUCGGCACGGUGGUACAGUUGCCGUCGCUCCAUAUUACAUUUCCGUGAAGUUUGUGAAAAAGAGAACAGUUGUGAAGAUUGUUAUAAAACAUUUUUGUUGUCUUUAGUUCCGGUUGGAAUUUGUCGACGAAACUUUUUGAUAAACAAUGGCAACCACAGUCCUCCAGCCCGAAGAAUGUCGCAGAGAGCAUGAGCCCAAACCCGACAUCAUAGACUCUCCGCGGCUCACUGAUGAUGAAAGGGUGCAGAUCCUGGAAGCCAAGGAGCGUGAGACGGGGGACUUGCCCCCCGAGCUCCGGGAGAAAGCCAGGAUGGAGCUCAGGGAGGAGCCCGCGUUAAGAGAACAGGCUUUGGCGCAAAUGAGACAUUUUAUUGACAAACACCCGGCUAUCAAGAAAUGUAGGACUGACGCACCAUUCUUACUACGUUUCCUUCGAACCAAGAAGUAUUCGAUCCCGCAAGCGUGUUCGAUGCUGGAACGGUACCUCACGAUCAGACAACUGUACCCCCACUGGUUCCAAAAGCUUGACCCUCUGGACCCUAAGAUAGCUGCUGUUAUUGACGCUGGGUACUUGGUACCGUUGCCAAAAAGAGACGCUGAAGGACGUAGAGUGGUACUGUCUUGUAUGGGCCGCUUCGACCCACACCUCUACGACAGCUGCGUGAUGGCGCGCGUCCACUCGAUGAUAGUGGAACUGUUAUUGGACGAGCCGCGGUCGCAGCUGCUUGGCUACACGCACGUCAAUGACGAGGCGGGUAUGCAGAUGCCGCACGUGAGCCUGUGGUCGCUUACUGAUGUCCGUCUGAUGCUGCAUUGUAUACAGAACUCCACGCCCAUGCGCCACAAAUGCACCCACUUCGUUAACAUACCACAAUACGGCGUCCGCUUCUUCGAAUUCGCCGUAUCUUUGCUCAGCGAUAAACUCAAGGAUCGUGUCAUGUUCCACCGAGCAUGCGACGAUCUUACUAAGCACGUGGACCCUGCUAUUCUGCCCAAAGAAUACGGAGGAACUGUUCCUUUGAAAGACAUGAUCGAAGAACUCAAAAGGAAUCUUCUGAAACACAGAGAAGAACUUCUAGCAUUAGAUGACUUAAGCAUCGACCUCUACGCCUUGGAAAAGAACGACCUAACUCAAGACAUACACUCGACCGCGGGCUCAUUCAGAAAACUUGAACUUGAUUAAUUUUCAGUGAUAAAUAUUAUGCCGGUAUUAAUUUUGGUUAGCUGCAAAUAUGAAUUUUUGUUGAUGCUAUUUAUUGGGGUCUCAAUUAACAGCCUAAUAUUUUUCAUAACUCAGGUUAUGAAAAAUAUUUCAUGUUGGAAAAAAUGUUAAAUAUUUUACUUAUUUCAGCCCUGUAUGUAUUUAAUGACACUUUCACAUGAUCGUUCCAUACGCCAACUAAGUAUUAGAGUCGGACCAAAUUAGGUUCCGAUAUAUAUGCUCCAACUGUUGGUGAAACCGAAAAAUUCAUAUUUACGCGUAUAUAAAAGAGCGUUAGCUUAUAAAACUCAAGUUUGUUUGCAGCUAAUGUAAAGGCUCAAAAUAUUUUUUGCUUUGCUCUGGUAUAUUACUGCUUUUAGCAAAACAAACUGUUGUAUGUGAUGGUUUGUAACUUUAUAGAUUAAUAUUGUAUCUUGUAACAUAGAUCUCAUGAUGUGUAAGCGAAAUAAAUUCAUUAUUAGAUUUUAUGUUUUACGUAGAAUAUUUGUAUUUUUAUGUAACGCUAAAAGAAACUUUGGUAUUUGAUUCGGGAGUUAAUUUGUAUGGUAGCACCGUUGUGUACGCCUUUACUAUAAUUUUAUUAUUACUUAGUAACUAGAAAUCUAGUGACCGCCGUCGGUGGUGUCACGUUACCAUUCUUGAACGAGAAUGAUUUCGUCCAACUGAUAUAUUUUUUGAUAAAUAUUUAAAAAAAUAUUUUUGUAAUGUUGCCAGAAUAACUUAAAUUAUAGCCUUGCUCGCAUACUUUUGGGUUAAAUCCUUACCCCUUUUUAAUUUCAUAACGAAUGUAAAUCCACGAUCCAGGUAAAUUUGUCGCCAUUGCCUUGUUUGCAAUUGAUAUAAUUAUUAUUAGCUAUACGAUGCUUAUACGUAACAAAGCAUGACAAGCUUACACAGCUAUGAUACGAAGCGUUGUAUUUUGGUCGCAAUUAAUGAAAUAACAAAAAACUUAUUUUAAUUUGCGGUGUGAAUUAUAAUGUAGAUAGGAUGAUUUUUCAUGUACUGUUUUUAAUAAUAAUAUUAUUGUGACACAAUAAAUUUUAGAUUUCUAAAUAAAUCACGAUAUCAAUGUC